AUGUCUGAAGUAAACACAAUGACACACAUGCCUAAAGCAAACACAAUGACACACAGCAAAGCCAAGAGGCGACGUCGGCAAUUCAUUUCAAACAAAAACAAUUCAUCAUCGCCUCACCACACCUCCUCCACCACAGCACCACACCGCCACGCCCCCUAUUUUCGUCCCCAGCCGCCGCCGCCAAAGAUUGACGCCGUCGCACUGCUCUUCGACGCAGCCGCCACAACUUCGACGCAGCAGCGAAGCAGCCCCUGCUCUCCAUCCCCGCUCGUGCCUCGCCGCCUCAGAUCUGACGCCGCCUUCCCUGCUCUCCGACGCCGUCGUCCCUGCUCUCCGGCCCCGCUCGUUCCUCGCCGCCGGCCCUGUCUUCGUCCGGCAAUUCCUCCUGUUACACGAGUGGCACUUGGAUACAAUACUAGCGUGGGUAACUGUUUUGUGCAGAAAAUUAAGAGAUUGGUGGCACUGGGUUGCAUGAUGGAAAAAGUGCUUGUAAUCUGUAAUACAUUUGAGAUACAACAAUAAUACAGAAUACAACAGGGAAUAAAAACUGGAUCAUUUGA